AUGGUCCUCGUGGGUAAUAAAAUGAAGCUCGCCAGCGCAAUCAGCCCAGACGAAUUAGCAACAUUCGUCAUCCAGGCCCGCCUGGCCCUGUUGGACGACGAAUCAGGUAGAGUAGAAGAUGACGAACCAUUCUUCGUUGCAGAUCUGGGGCAGGUAUACAGGCAACACCAGCGGUGGACUCGCAAUUUGCCUGCCGUUCAACCAUUUUAUGCGGUCAAAUGUAAUCCAGACCUGACACUGCUGAGCUUCCUCGCGGAACUAGGCACUGGCUUUGACUGUGCCUCGAUUGACGAACUGAGACGAGUACGAAAUCUGGGAGUGGAUCCAUCCCGGAUUGUCUUUGCCAACCCAUGCAAAGCAGCGUCUGCAUUGUGUACGGCACGCGAUAUGGGUGUGACCAAGACGACUUUUGAUAAUUUGGACGAGCUGGACUCGAUCAAAAAGUUUAUGCCUAAUGCUCAAUUGUUUUUGCGGAUAUAUGCCAGUGAUGACGACGCGUUGAUUCAGUUUGGUGAUAAGUUUGGUGCUUCCCCUGAGGCGACGACGGCAUUGCUUGAACGGGCUUGGGACUUGGGACUCGAGGUUGUAGGGGUUAGUUUUCAUGUUGGCACCGGAGCAACCAAUCAUCAGUCGUUCGUCGACGCAAUGGAAAGAGCAAGAGCCGUUUUUGAUCAAGCCGCUCGAAUUGGGCAUCAUCUGCAAUAUCUCGACAUAGGUGGUGGGUUCCAAGAUUCAGGCUUUGAGCGCAUGGCAUCCGGUAUCAGAGAAGCUGUAAAGCUGUAUAUGCCUCCCGAAGUCCGCAUCAUCGCAGAACCCGGACGGUUCUAUGCCCGUAAUGCAUACACGCUAGUUUGCAAAAUUAUCUCCCGUCGACGCCAGGUUUGUAAUGACAACUCGAACCCGGACAUGCUGUACCAGAAUGACGGCGUAUACGGCAAUUUCAUGAACGUCCUGAUCGAGCACGAGGCUAUGUGUCCGUCACUUGUAACACCGGCACUCAGCUUGACAGCCUCUCGAGCGGAUUCGUCACGGGAAGACGGGGAGCACUGGUAUAGCAUCUGGGGCCCGACUUGCGACAGUGUAGAUUGCGUGACUCGCAAGAUGCGAAUGGACUCGGAAGUCAAGGUUGGGGAUUGGUUGAUGUACAAGAACAUGGGAGCGUAUACCACAGCAACUGGGACACGGUUCAAUGGGUUCGGGGCUCAGCAUGCGGUGAUAUAUAUCAAUAGCGAGUCGCAGACAGGAGACGGGGGAAUGAUGCCUCUUGGAACGACAGAAUCGGUGAUUCAAUAUGAAACACGGUCUGGUCAGCCUGAGAUUAUGUCCUGUUCAACCUGA